AUGUUGAUGAAGAGGCACUUAUCUUUAAUCAACCAGGAUUUACAUUACCAACCUAGACCACCUGCUCCAGAAGAAGCCUGUGAAAAGACAUUUUGCCGGUGGGGUGCAGAAUGUGUAUCCCUUGGGGACGGUCGUGCUCACUGCGCUUGUCCAACUAGCUGUCCUAACACGCCUGCUCCGGUUUGCUCAACUGCAGGCCGGACAUACCGUAACCACUGUUAUCUGAGGAAAGAAGCAUGUGAAAGAAGACUCAAUCUGAGGGUCAGGAACGAAGGAGAAUGUGAAGCCGGGGAUCCAUGCACUGGAGUGGGCUGCCCACCCGGCUCGAGAUGUGUUGUGACAGCUGGCCAACCCGAAUGCCGCUGCCCGAGGAGCUGUCAAAGGCGUAAGCCGGUCUGCGGCACAGACGGCAGAGAGUACCCAUCUAAUUGCCAUCUUGACAAGUACGCUUGCGAGAACCAGCUCAACAUCACUGUCAAGUAUCACGGGAAAUGCGAUCCGUGUUCAGAACACGAAUGUGCUGAUGGUGGAAUAUGUCAGCUGAACGAAGUAAGGGCGCCUGUUUGUCGAUGCGGCCCACCGUGCGAUUUAAUCGCUCGUCCUGGCUCAGCUCUAUGCGGGUCUGACUACAAAGACUACCCUAGCGAAUGCGCUUUGAGACGAGAAGCAUGCCGUACUAAACAACAACUGACUAUUGUAUACAGAGGAGAGUGUGCGUCGGCUCAGCAUCCAUGUGAUUCAGUGAAGUGUGGCGUCAGAGAGCAUUGUUCCGUGGACCCGCGGGGUGUAGCUAUCUGUGGAUGCGGUCCCGAAUGCGAAUCUGUAGUGAGGCCCGUGUGUGGUACAGAUGGAAGGACAUAUGACAGCGCAUGCUUUCUCGACAAAGCUGCAUGCUUGGACAACAAGGAUAUACGUGUGGCUUACAUUGGACCUUGCGGUAAGAAACAGGAAUAGGAAUCCUAUUUAUUAAGGGUUGGAGCCAUGUAUUCUUUCCUUCCAUUCUUUUCUGUCAGACGUAUGAAACGGAAAGAAAAGGAAAGAACCUUCCAUUCUUUUCUGUCAGACGUAUGA